CCUUAAAACAAGAUUUCCUGAACGACCCCCUGGUGGGAAAGAAAACAGACCAGCUGGGGCUGCCUCAGACACUGCAGCAGGAGUUUUCACUGAUCAACGUGCAGAUCCGAAAUGUCAAUGUGGAGAUGGAUGCGGUGAGUCGUAGCUGUACGGUGUCAGUGCACUGUGGCAACCACAGAGUCAGGAUGCUGGUGAUGUUCCCUGUCCAGUAUCCCAAUAAUGCUGCACCAUCCUUCCAGUUCAUCAACCCGACCUCAAUCACGGCCUCCAUGAAGGCAAAGCUGCUGAAGAUAUUGAAAGACACUUCUCUGCAGAAAGUUAAGCGGAACCAGAGCUGCCUGGAGCCCUGCCUGCGUCAGCUGGUCUCCUGGCUGGAGUCUGUUGUGAACCAAGAGGACAGCACGUCCAGCAAUCCCUACGCUUUGUCAAACUCCGUAACACCCCCCUUGCCCACGUUCGCCCGGGUCUCCAAUGCCUAUGGCUCCUACCAGGACUCUAACAUCCCAUUUCCACGGACCUCUGGAGCCAGGUUCUGUGGUGCAGGGUACCUGGUGUAUUUCACGAGACCCAUGACCAUGCACCGUGCAGUGUCCCCGACAGAGCCCACACCCAGGUCCCUGUCAGCUUUAUCAGCAUACCAUAGUGGCCUCAUUACUCCAAUGAAGAUCCGCACAGAGACUCCAGGCAAUCUGCGUUUAUAUAGCGGGAGUCCGACACGCAGCGAGAAGGAGCAGGUCUCCAUUAGCUCCUUUUACUACAAAGAGAGGAAAUCAAGGAGGUGGAAAAGCAAACGAGAAGGGACAGAUGCCAACAAUCGACCCAUCAAAGCCGCCGGGAAAGUUAUUAUCCAAGAUAUUUCCUGCUUGCUGCCUGUCCACAAGCUGCUAGGAGAGCUCUACAUACUGAACGUGAAUAAUAUCCAGGAGACUUGCCAGAAGAAUGCUGCCUCAGCCUUGGCUGUGGGACGGAGGGAUCUCGUACAGGUUUGGUCACUGGCCAUGGUAGCCACUGAUCUCUGUCUUGGACCGAAGUCUGACCCAGAUUUGGAGAUACCUUGGGCACAACAUCCAUUUGGACGCCAAUUACUGGAGUCCUUGCUGGCUCAUUAUUCGCAGCUCCACGAUGUGCAGACCCUGGCCAUGCUGUGCAGCGUGUUUGAAGCCCAAUCCAGGCUACAGGGGUGCCCAAACUCCUACGGCCCCUUUCCUCAGCGUGCCUCCAACCUGGCCUCCCACAGCCGAUAUCCGAGCUUUACUUCCUCUGGUUCCUGUUCCAGCAUGUCAGAUCCUGGACUUGGCACUGGAGGCUGGAGCAUAGCAAACAAAGACACAGAGCAGGCCUCCACUCCCUGGUGUGAGUCUUCUCCGGAUGACUUCCGCUAUGGAAACCUAAUGUAUCCCGAUCAUCGGGAGCGUGAGAAAGACCAGCAUGAGAAAAACAAAAGGCUCCUGGAUCCUGCCAAUACUCAGCAAUUUGAUGACUUUAAGAAGUGCUAUGGAGAAAUCCUUUAUCGCUGGGGCCUGCGAGAGAAGCGGGCUGAGGUUCUGAAGUUUGUCUCUUGUCCUCCUGAUCCCCACAAAGGAAUUGAGUUCGGCGUGUACUGCAGCCACUGCCGCAGCGAGGUGCGCGGCACCCAGUGCGCCAUCUGCAAGGGCUUCACCUUCCAGUGCGCUAUCUGCCACGUGGCAGUGCGAGGCUCCUCUAAUUUCUGCCUGACCUGCGGACACGGAGGCCACACCAGCCAUAUGAUGGAGUGGUUUCGCACCCAGGAGGUGUGUCCCACAGGCUGCGGAUGCCACUGCCUGCUCGAGAGCACCUUCUGAGCAGUGGUGACAGCAGGGCACCCGUGAACUGG